AAAACUCCAAAUAUGACCAUCAGAACUAGUUGCUUACAGAGAUCGGUGAAGCCUAGCUAUGAAUACAAGACUUUGCCCGAAGGCCGUAUACGCCUCCUCGUCUUGCUGCCAGGACCCCGAGAAGCUGCGAUCCGCUGUUCCCUAAGACCCGUUGCCUUGGCCGAUUUUGAAGACAGAUUUCCCAUCAAGUCGAAAUUAGAGCUUGGCAUGUAUGAAGCCCUUUCAUAUUGCUGGGGAAAAUCGGAAGAAACUAAGACAAUUGACUGCGAUGGUGAGCCACUCGAGAUCAGGGCCAAUCUGGAAAGCAUACUCCGCUAUUUUCGAUAUGAAGACAGAACCAGAGUUAUGUGGGUGGAUGGUAUAUGCAUCAAUCAGAAAGACCUUACAGAAAGGUCACAGCAAGUUUCUCUCAUGGGCAUAAUUUACUGGAAAGCUACUAGAGUACUUGUUUGGCUUGGUGAAGAAGACAAGAGCGCGAAGCAAGUCAGUGCUGGGAAAGCAUUUGAUUUCAUACGCAGAUGCAGUAGUUUUAAAGAAGCGGCGGCAAACAACAGACGUGGUCAUCCAACUGCGAUGCCAGAAAAGAUAGAGGAUAUUCAGGGGGGCAAAGAAGCUGUCUCAUGGGAGUCAGUUCGACGAUUGUUCACUCGAGAUUGGUUUACGCGAGUGUGGGUGGUUCAAGAGCUUGGCUUGGCAAGAAAUGCGACAUUCUACUGUGGAGAUGCCUCAAUC